CGCAUAUUCAUCCGCUUGGCCAGUUGAUGGCAGAGUGACUUCCGACUUUGCAGGGCAGAGGCUUUCUGAGACAGGAUGCCGAAGAGCAAAAGCGAUGAGGGCAACUCCCCCGGGGGCGUGUCACUGUGGGAGCUCCUCACCAAGUCCUCGCUGAUGGUGGAGGGCAUGGAGGACGCUUCCCGGCUCAUGGAGUUCCGCCACAGGAAUCUCCAGUGGCGCACUGGCCUUGCCAGCGGUGCCCAGGGAGAGGUCACCAACACCACCGCGCCUAGUGCUGGGGUGAUGGCCCGCUGCGCCUCGUGGCCCAGCUUCGAAGCGCUGCCAGACAGGCAAAUUUGGAUGCUGAGCCCGGAGAUGGAGUCAGACUUGAAGGCAAGGGCUCCAAAGCUCUGGCAGCGUUUGCAGACGCAGCUGGGCCGCGCCAUUCAAGCGCUGGUGCUGUUGCUGGUGGUGGCCACCUACGCGGCCUGCCCCCUGACCGUCUCCUGGGCGAAGGUUGUGGGACAAAGCGAGGAUGGUGCACCCAUCAAGGGCCGGCCCUUCAAGGAGGGCUCCGUGAUUGUGGCCUCCUGGCUGUUGAUCAGCAUCGUGGGCCUCUCUUUGUCCUUCCUCUCCGGCGGUUGGAAGCUGGUGAGGCAGUGCUUCCAGCUGAAUCACAUCCUUAUCUUCGCCCCGGCGGGCAUCGGUUGGGCCUUUGCCGACGUCUGCGAGGUUCUCGCGGUGGCGCGCAUUGACCCUGCGACCUACGGGGUGCUUUCCCAGGGGCGCUUGCUCUCGAGCGCCGCAGCUGGUUGGCUUAUUUGUGGCGCUUCACAGAGUGGACUGCAGUGGGGUAUCCUGGCAUGCCUUUCGUUGAUUUGCAUGGCCUACUGCCUCAUCCCGGACAACACCUCCAACUCCCAGCGGCUCUUUGAAUGGCGGCUGCAAAAGGACAUGUGGCUGAUGGUGAAGCGCUAUGAGGUGGACGAAAUUAGCGACACGCAGGAACACAUCGUGGGAGCUGCCUUCGCCUUGGUCAAGGUACUGCUCUCAGUGCUCAGCAGUGUCUAUGUGGAGACCUGCUUCAAGUCUGGCGCUCAUCCCAUGCGCUUGCACGUCCAGAUGACACAGGUCUCCUUCAGCGCCUUUACCGCGGCGACGACUGGGUACCUCGUCCUGAGCUUCGUGCAGCGGGAAGAUCCCCGAGAAUUUUUCAGUGGUCCGGAUGGGACCUGGACGGACCGUACGCUGGUGGUGGCUGCCAUGUAUUGCUGGAGGGAGUGGAUUUGCAGUUUGUGCGUGAAGCAUUUCGACUCCUUGGUGAAGAACAUUUGCAACGCCAUGUCGCUGGUAAUGGUCUACAGCUUCACGGUGCUGGUGCACGAGACGCAAUUCAGCCAUUUGAAGGCAAUGCUUUUGCUGGCUAUUGUGCUGGAAGUCAUCAACUACUGCUACACUCGCCGCGCCGCAGCUGCGACUGCGAAGACCAAAGAAGAACUCCCCGUGGCCGAGUACAAGUCCAUGAGCGCCAUGACCGCGGUCAUGGAGCUGUCUGGCUUCCCAUCUCGGCAAACCACACCAAACGCGCAACACACGCCAAAGGUGUGAGGCAGCCACUGCUUCCGAAAUUUGUUCUCUGAAUGGUGGGGCCUUUCGAGGUGAAAGCGGGUGUCGGCUGCACAUGUGUUGCCG